GAUUUUCUCUCCUCGCUGCUGGUCGCAUUUUUGAUUGAGCUCGUGGUGACGGAUUGCCAUGACCUACGGCGUUUCAUCACCACACUUUUCCAUCGUUAUCGGUCAGACGCUGCAUGUGUGUUUUUUGUUAUAAUUUUCCACUGAGCAAUUAAGAGCAAAUAUGGAACCAAGGAACGACCUUGUGCACGCUGUCACGGGUCGUUGUGGAGGGCUGUUAUCGGGAAUCCGCGCUGCACUGCUCUCUGCUCUCACUCUGAUUUUCUUUCUUGUCGACGUGUGAACAGUGGGAUUAGUUGUUGUCUUGUUGAUAUAGUUGGAGUUUGUUAAAAAGUCAUUACUUAUUCUUGUUGGAGUUUCUCGUGUGUUGGCUGCGUGUGCGGGGGAAAUUAUGCCGUUUGCGUUCCGUUUAAAGAAAGUUCGCCGUUAUGAUGUGGCCACACGCGCUCUCUUCGUGCUCUCCGUGCAGCUGCUGGAUAAUACGGAAAUGGAAUGUACCCUGAAUGAGGCCAGCACAGGAGAAGAAUUGUUAUCCCACAUUGCCCAGCGUCUGAACAUCCGCGAAUACGGAUAUUUCGGCCUGAAAUUCAUUAACAAACACCUGCAGUACCAGUGGCUGGCCCUGGAUCUGCCCCUGAAACGCCAGCUGACCAAAUUCGCUCACAGUCUCUUCGUCAAGUUCUCCGUGCGCUUCUACGUGAAGAACGCCACCCAGCUCAAGGAUGAAUCGACACGCUACCAGUUCUUCCUGCAGCUGCGCAACGAGAUUAUCGAGGGCGCGCUGUUGUGCUCCCCGGAGCAGGCGGUGCUCCUGGCCAGCUACAGUCUGCAGGCCGCCUACGGGGACUUCGAUCCCGAACGGCAUGCGCCGCAUCAUCUCAAGGAUUUCUUUCUGCUCCCGAAAAGGAUGUGUACACAGGAGGAGAUUUUGAUGGAGCUGUUAAGGGAAGUGUCCAAUACGCAUCGGUCCUUUCAUGGAAUGUCACCCGCCGCCGCCGAGAUGUUCUACAUCCAGGAAGCCCAGAGUCUGGAGGGCUACGGCGAAGAGUACUACGCGGCGAAGGACGCUUCCGGCAACGACUUGCUGCUGGGCACCAGCCACCUGGGCGUCACCAUCAAGCACCCCACCGGGCGGCCCCUGCUGAACAUGGCCUGGCCGCUUCUGAAGAACGUCUCGCGGGCCAAACGCAGUAUCUACCUGGAAUGUGUGGGCACCGGGCGUACCAAUCAGCGCAUGGUGCAGAUCUUCCUGGAGAACGCGGAUUUUGCCGCGUACGUCCUGACCAAUAUCAGUCUGCAGCAGGAUUUCUAUUUGACGGAAGCGGGCGCUAAUGGAUACGUGGGGAAUGGGAGUAGUUUCCCGGUGACGGGAAACGGGGGGCCGGUGGAUCCCGGACCGCAUCCGCAGGCGCAUCCCUUCAGGUUGAUGUUCCGCCCGGACGCCACCGGAAUGACACGGCCGUUAUCCAACGGAAAUACCAGCAACGGCGUGCAAGUACAGACCGUUGUCCGGCCGGAGCAGCACCCGGCGCCGGCAUCCUCGCAGCCGGAUGUUAUCGAUUUCGCCCGCACCACCGACCUCUACAUGCCCCGUGACCACCGCGCACAUCCAGGCGAACAUUUCGAGCGCGCAGCACCGCCCUUGUCGUACCGCGAGGCGCCCGCCUACGACAGCGUCAUCAAAAACCAUCCCGUCGAUCUGCUGCACCGUACGCCCGGCGCCCCGCCGCUGCACCGCUACUCGUGGAUCGACGGCAUGAUGCCCGAGGGCGCACCGGCGGAGAUCCGCGGCAUCCAUGCCCAGUCUUCCAUUAUCGGACCACUGAUCAACAGUACCCCGGAGCUGCGCUCCACGGGGGCCGCCCGCCGAGCGGCGGCGCUGAGCUGCAGCACGCCGGAUCUGCUGUCCAUGACGGGCCCGGUGCCCGCGCGGCGUGUGCUCAUCAGUCGGCCGGAACGGUCCGAGGUGUUUGUCUCGCAUUCCCAGGAGCUUCCCGUCGUGCGGCAAACUGCCGCCGAUGAGUUAACCGUUACACCGUUGAAACACUUUGACGCCGUCCUGGAGGAGGAGGUCUCGGUGUCCCCCGCGGAUAGUAAACACGUCCCGUCACUGGCCUCCGAUGAUCCGGAAGUGGGGGGUUCACCCCACCGUCCGCUCCUGCUGGCCGCCAUGAACGGGCUGGUGCUGUCCAAUGUGUGCCUGGCGGAGUUGCCACCCGACCAUGCCAUCUACGAGAAUCUCUCGCCCAAGGAUGCCCGGCGGGCGGAUCUGGAGAAGCGCCUGUCGUCCGGCAGUGUCCUGAUAGAGUUUGAGCAGAUUCCCAAAAAGCGACGGACUAAUGCGGUGUGUAAUGUGGCCCGCAUGCCGGAGAAUGCCGAGCGGAAUCGGUAUCCGGAUGUGCUGCCGUAUGAUGAUACCAGGAUACAGUUGCGGCGGUUCGGGAAGAACAACACGAAAGCUUACAUCAACGCCUCGCAAAUCGUUCUGGAAUGCGGCGACCUGGAACGCCAGUACAUCGCCACCCAGGACCCAAUGCCCUCCACCACGGAAGACCUGCUCAACAUGCUGUGGGAUGAUCACGUGCGCAUCGCCGUCGUCUUGUCUGACGCCACCACCGUGCCUUGGAUAACACAUCUGACCAAAGCCGACGCGCAGCUGGGCGCCUUCACCCUGCGUCGCGAGACCAUCACUUCUUCCAGCGGCUACCGUACCCUGACUUUUUCUCUGUCUAACAAGCAGGAAAAAGGAACGAAACGCAAGAUGUUGGCGUUGCACUACGAGGCAUGGGCGGAACAGGGUAUCCCCGCUGAUGUGGACGGUUUCAUCCAGAUGGUACGGGAACUGGAAUCGUAUCGGCGGCAGUUCCAGGGCAGUGUCCGGGAGAAGGUAGCCGUGAUAUGUAAGACAGGAUGCGGUCGGAGCGGUGUGCUGAUCCUCCUGGAUUUCAUGGCGCUGUGUGUCGAUCACAACCAGGCGGUGGAUGUGCCGCGGGUGCUGGCGCAUAUGCGCCGGCAGCGGAUGUUCAUGGUGCAGACGGUGGCGCAGUAUCGGUUCGUCUACGCGGCGCUGGUGCGGCAUCUGAACAGUUCCCGGCUGAUUUGAGAGAAAUAAUGGGAAGAAAGGGGAUGGAUGACUGCCAUACGGGGGGACGGGGAGGGAGGUUUAUUUUUAUGGGUUUUAAUUUUUCAACCGGGGUUUCUUUCUGCUUCCGAGGGGGGUGUGUAUCUCCAUGCCUUUUUGUGAUGCCAUUGGGUCUGAUGCUGCUGACAUGAAUCGUUGGGAAUGUGUUUUUUUAAAGUGUGCUUUUUUUGCGGAUUUCGGAGUGUGUUUUCUGUAUUCGAAUUGCGAGCUUUUGCUCUGUUUAUUUUUAUUCGUGGUGUAAAAAAAUUGGAGAAAUGCC